AUGACGGCCACUGAUCGAUCCCUGAUCAAGCGCCGCUCCUCCACGCAGCACUACCAGACCUUCGAUACCCCGCCGCCGAAGUCGCGUGGACGACCCAAUUCUGGACAGUCGGAGUCCUCGGGCGAGGUCUCACACAACCCACACCAUGAAUCUCCUGACCACCGUGGCCAACACUCUCCAUUGCCGAAGAGGCAGAUGGCAGUGUUGGCAAUGAUUGCCUUAGCCGAGCAGACGGCGCUGAACUCCAUCUCCCCGUACCUGCCGGAUAUGGCGUCCACAUUCCCCGAAGUGGAGUCGUCACAGGUGGGCGUGUAUGUUGGCACAAUCGCAUCAGCAUUUGCAUUGGCGCAGUUUGCUACCAAUUACUUUUGGGGUUGGUUGUCGGAUCGGGUUGGGCGUAAGCCAGUCAUUCUGCUCGGUACUUUUUUGACAGCGCUUUGUUUCGUUGCUUUUGGCUUUUGCAAGACGCUCUGGCAGGCUAUCUUGGUUCAGGCUGUAAUGGGUGUCGUCAAUGGCAACCAGGGUCUUGUUUCGACUUGCUUGGGCGAGAUCACCGAUCGCAGCAACCAGUCGCAGGCAUUCACCUAUCUCCCCGUUCUGUACGGUGUCGGCGGCAUCACGGGUCCGCUUUUGGGAGGCUUGCUUGUGUUUGAGCGCAAUCCAUUCACGGAUCACAAGAGCACUUAUCCUUAUCUUGCUCCGAACUUGCUUUCUGCCUUUGUCCUUCUGGUCGACUUCGUCCUUACUGCUAUCUACUUGGAAGAGAGUCUAGAAGACGCGGAUACGAUUCCUAAAAUUGGCAAGAAGGUCCGCAGCCUCUUCACCUGGCUGUGGCAAUUCACUGGAUUUGCGCCUCAUCCGACCUACGUGCGCCUACCACAGGCAGUCCCUUACCCACCACUUCGUCGACACACCGCCGAGAGCGAAGACCAUGAUAGUGACCUGGACUCUGCGUCGGAGAUAUCUAGCCGGUCGGGCGACCAGGUGGAAGAGCUCACCUGGGAUGAGAUUUUCACUCGUGAUACAAUCUUGCUGCUGUUGACCUACCUCAUUUUUGCUUUCUGCAAUGUCUCUUUCAAUUCGCUCUUCCCGAUAUUUGCGCAGGCCAAACCACCUGCCGGACGUCACCUCACACCCUCGGAGAUAGGUCUUUCGCAGGGCUUUGCUGGUGUAGUAACGAUCAUAUUCCAGAUCUGCAUUUUCAACCGCCUUCGCGAUAAGAUGGGCAACCGGUGGUCAUACCGGGCAGGACUUUUUGGGUUUGUCCUGUCCUUCAUCCUCAUGCCCUUGGUGGGAUACAAAAGCAAGGCUGGUAAGGGCUUGACCCGCAAGUCCGCUCUCAUGGCCGUGGAGCUUUGCUUCGUGUUGCUGGUCAAGACCGUUGCCUCAGUCGGAGGAUUGACCAGUGCGCUUCUACUGGUAAGUCGUCGAUCGACUCUAGCCCACAACAUCAUCCCUCUGAUCGCAAAUUGGCAGGUCACCAACUCUGCCCCCAACCAUGCUGUCCUCGGUGCCCUCAACGGUCUCGCCCAAACGCUCUCCGCUGCUGGUCGUGCCGUGGGCCCCUUCCUUUCCGGUGGUCUCUUCUCCCUAACUUCCAAGGUCCAGCCCAAGGGCGAACUCCUCGCAUUCGGUGUCUUCGGAGCUGUUUCCUUCAUUGGAUUCAUCAUGAGCUUCGGGAUUCGCGGUCGGUCUCUCGAGGCAGAGGGCUGGGGAGAGGAGAGCGAUGAUGAAGAUGGAAAUUACAAGUCUGACGACGACGAGCCUAAUGGCGCCUAA